UCGUAUAUGUACCAGAUUACAGGAUUAUUAAUGAAUGAAUAAUUUCACCAUUUUGCAAAUACAACAGUUUUGAAAACCUUUAGAUCUUUUAAACCUUUGAAUUUUUAUUAAAACAAAAAAUCAUGUCUGCCGAAUUGGAAGCAAAUUUGACAAACUAUAAAGUGCAAUUAGCACAAGUCGAGGCAGCUCUAUCAGCAGAUCCUGAAAAUGAAGAACUUAAAAAAUUGAAGCAAGAUCUUGAAGAAGUUAUUCAACUAACUAAAGAUUUAAUGGGAGUAGAAGCUGCAAAACCUUCAACUAAAGCAAAAACAACAACUGGAAAAACGGCCGAAGAAAUAGCAGAAGAGACUGUUCAGCCUGACAGUGGACCUCGUCAUAUGUGGAAAGUAGGUGACCCAUGUUAUGCAAUAUGGAGUGGAGAUGGGAAAUAUCACAAAGGAGUACUCGAAGAAAUUUUACCUGAAAGUGCAACAGUUGCAGUUCGAUUUGAUGAAUUUGAGCAGCCAGAUGUUUGUCAAUUAACGCAGUUAAAACUGCUUGCCGAUGGUGACAAGGCUGGUCUUAAAUCAAAAGCCAGUAAACGGGAAUUAAUGAUUCAACAACGUGAAUAUCGUAAAAAGAAAAAUCAGAGGAAGAAAAUGAGAGCAAAAGAGAAAGAAGCUGAAUCUGAAAUUUCGAAACAUAAAUGGAAAGAAUUUAAUAAAAAAAUCACACAUAAGUCUAUGAAAGGUGCCGUCAAGAAAAGUAUAUUUGCAUCACCUGAAGGUCUUGUUGGAAGAGUGGGAAUUGGUACUUGCGGAACUGCAGAUAAAGAUAUGACAAAAUAUGAUGAGGGUGCUAAAUAUAACGCACGGCAUCUUGUGCCAAAAUCAUGAAAGGGUGUUAUAGAACUUCGCACCUAUAUCAUUUAAGUAAGAUGGCAUGUCUUUCAGGGAUAGUAUCAAGCGACAUAUGACAAAGUUCAUAAUCUUGUUACCAAAAGCAUUCUUUCUGGCAUUUGGAUAAUAUGAACUGGAUAAGGAAAUUUAUUAUUUUUGGCUUGUUUUAGAUUAUGUGUAAUAUUUUGAUAGGAAAUGGCAUGGUAUUAAAUGUGUCCAUGGAUAUUAUGAUGAAGUCCCAGUCAUUUAUUUAGAGAAAUGAUAUUUUUCAUGCCUUCAAUCUAUUUAUAUGCUUGAUGAAUGAAACAGAAAUAAUCGAAAUAAAUAUAACUGGAAUUUAGAUUAGAUGUUUCGAAUCUUGUCUACUAUUUUGCUGUUUAAGUUGAAUAACAGUUCAACUUUUUCUCCAGUGAAAAUUAAUCAAGAAUGACUGGCUGUCAAAAUCUCUAGAGAAAUAGUAACGUCAUGAGGAGAAUCUUUAUUAUUUCUCGAGUUACGAUGAUGUAAAUUGUACCAAUGUACUUCUACUGGUUUCUUUUCAAUCCAACUGGAUGUGAAUUUACCCCCUGUGAAAUAUUCAAGCUUGUUUUAUAUAUCUUUAUUGUUUUCUCUAUAGA